UGAUAAACAUGACUGUGUUACUCAUCUGGGGUUAAGAGACACAAAACGCGCUUCCUACCUCCAAGUGGAGGCUGCAAAGCAUCAGUCAAGAAACAACCCCUGUCGUGUCACCAGCAGCUCAUGCCAGUUUCAUCUCCCUGCCUUGGCAUGCGAAGAACUACACGUGUAGAGCAAUUAGCAUUUAAUAUUUGGUAAUUAGCAUGCUUAAUAUGAUUCAGAGAAGUUACUUGACAUUUUCGUAAAAACAGAAAGCACAUUCUCGCCCUUCAAGGAGCAAGGCCCAGUUUGUCAAAAAACUGCAUGCCAGUCUUUUUUGGUGCUGAAUAUGCAUGUGUUGGCCUCUUCUGGGACACUGCUGGUAAAUUUAGAAACUCGUUUAGAAGAGAACUCCUUCUUAUUCAGCAGCCAUAAUACCCUCUUGGAUCAGAGACUCUAAGCGAAAAUGGCUAAACCGAGCUUCAGUCUCGGGGCUGUGAUGGUCCUUUUCAAGUAAAUGAAAACCUUCCGUGCGCCCCCGACAAACCACACACUGUUCAAGUCCAACAAGGAGCCAAAUGUGGGGACGCGGCGAGAGAUACAGUCUACCCCAUCGCUCCAGCGCAACAACGUAACUCUUCGCCCGACAAUGUAGCCGCCGGCUCCCGUUUCUCCAGCCCAAAGGCUCGAGCCGGCGUUCCGCACGUCCCACGCUCGGAAACUUCGCACCGAGGCCGAGACGUCAACUCAACUUUCCCGUCCCGAGUCGGGCACCCUUUCGCUCCCUCUCUGCGGCCCUCGGUGCCUCCCGGAUCCCUGGGAGGGGGCAGGGGCGCUGGGGCUUCACCGCCCGGUCGGCGCGGGGUCGGACGAAGGACCCGGACCCCUUCCGCCGGCCCGCCCCGGAACCCACCCCGCGGCCGGAGCCCGGCCCCCCGGCCCAGGCCCCACGUGGCCCCUCGGAGCCGGCCGCACUACCCUGCUGCCGCCGACGGACGGCUGGGCCGGGCCACUGGGCGCCGCGCUGCCGGCCGGCGGCCAAUGAGCGCGCUCGGAGCGUCGGCGGGGGCGGUGCCGCGGAGUCUCCGCCCACCCGCGCCCGCUUCACCAUUGGAGGCUUUGGGUCCCGCCCCCGCCCGCAGGCACCGCCCCGCCGGUCGGAUUAGGUUGAGGCGCGGGCGGCAGGCAGAUCUGGUCCCGUUGUGCUGCGGCUCCGCGCGGCCUUCAGUCCCGGGCCCGCGCCUCGCGCUGCCGGUCCGCCCGCCAUGGAGCCCGGCCCCGACGGCCCCGCCGCCCCCGGCCCCGCUGCCAUCCGCGAGGGCUGGUUCCGCGAGACAUGCAGCCUGUGGCCCGGCCAGGCCCUGUCCCUGCAGGUGGAGCAGCUGCUCCACCACCAGCGCUCGCGGUACCAGGAUAUCCUUGUCUUCCGCAGUAAGAGCUACGGCAACGUGCUGGUGUUGGACGGUGUCAUCCAGUGCACAGAGAGGGACGAGUUCUCCUACCAGGAGAUGAUAGCCAACCUGCCCCUCUGCAGCCACCCCAACCCACGCAAGGUCCUGAUCAUCGGGGGCGGGGAUGGGGGUGUCCUGCGGGAGGUGGUGAAGCAUUCCUCCCUGGAGUCCGUGGUCCAGUGCGAGAUUGACGAGGAUGUCAUUCAAGUCUCUAAGAAGUUCCUGCCUGGCAUGGCCAUAGGCUACUCCAGCUCAAAGCUGACCCUACACGUGGGCGACGGCUUUGAGUUCAUGAAACAGAACCAGGAUGCCUUCGAUGUCAUCAUCACUGACUCCUCAGACCCCAUGGGCCCUGCUGAGAGUCUCUUCAAGGAGUCCUAUUACCAGCUCAUGAAGACGGCCCUCAAGGAGGACGGCAUCCUCUGCUGCCAGGGCGAGUGCCAGUGGCUGCACCUGGACCUCAUCAAGGAGAUGCGGCAGUUCUGCAAGUCGCUCUUCCCCGUGGUGGACUACGCGUACUGCACCAUCCCCACCUACCCGAGCGGCCAGAUCGGCUUCAUGCUGUGCAGCAAAAAUCCGAACACCAACUUCCGGGAGCCCGUGCAGCAGCUGACGCAGAAGCAGGUGGAACAGAUGCAGCUCAAGUACUACAACUCUGCCGUGCACCAGGCGGCCUUUGUGCUGCCCGAGUUUGCCCGCAAGGCCCUGAAUGAUGUGAGCUGAGCCCACGCACCGCUGCCGCCGCUGCCUGGGACCUGGGGCCCCGGAGCCCCCAAGGCGCCUGGGCCCCGCCAGCCCUGGACAAGACCCCCGCCAGCGUGUCCACCAACUGAGUGUUACAGGCCCCGGAGUGCUGCCUGGCCUGCCCUGCUGGGCGGACUGUCUGUCUCCUCCUCUCUGUGUGGCGUUCAGCCUCCAGCCUGUACCGGCUGUGUACAGCUCCGCCUCCACCUGUCGCCCCUCACUCACCAAACACGUGUAUUUAUAACUAAGUUCUGAAUCGUGUGUCCCCAGACCUUGAAUGAGCCCAGGCAGAGGCUCCAUCAGCCAUUAUUGGGCGCUUCGUGUGCCAGCUCUGAGCUGGCCCUGGUUCUGGCCUCCGAGUGUCUGUCACAUGUCUGAAUACGCAGGCCAGGCCCUUGACCUCUGCCAUCAAGGAACACGACAGUCAUCAAACUGGACCCAAAUCUGUCCCAAGAAGCUGCCUUAGCAUUCCUUCACCAAGGUCCCACAGGCCAGCGCUGAAAGACCCCUGGGGCCAGGGCUGUACAGUUGACAAGAUCAUGGUGGGGCCACCCCAGGGCUUUGCUUGUCCUGAGGCUGCCCUGCAGCCUUCUUGGAAGAAUGUGGGUCGUGCAGGAUUGUCUGGCCCCAUCCUGGGGUGGAUGCUAGAGGUGCCCGGAUGCUGGCUGGGGCUUGGUCAGUGUCCAUUCCUUGGGCCUGUUUAAGCGCAUCAGGUGUGCUGACUUGGCUCAGGAUUCAGACCUGAGUUCUAAUCCUGCCUGUCCCCAUCAUGGGUGCCCUCUGGUAAAUUCCUAGAAGCUCCCCUCCAGUGUUGGGAGGCUGAGAAAGCAGGUGUGAGUGGCCACACCGGGUAUCUGGGCACAGGACUGUCCCCUCUCCAAGGUGCUGAACCUCCAGCCUGUGCCUGCCCACUCCCAACCACCAGGACUGAGGCUCUGGUGGGAAGGGAGCCAGCACAACAGGGUACAAUGAGGGAGGGGGCCUCUAGCCCACUCCUGUCUCUGGAUCUGCAGGAAAGGGCCCUCCCUGAAACAGCCGGAGUCCCCAAUCCCUUUCCCCCUGGGCAGAGCGCACUCAGGAUGUUUGGGUUCCCCUGGGAGGCUGGUGGCAGGGAGGGAGACAAGGGAGUGGUUCCAGCUUGGGGGGCGGGGGGGGGUGGUGCUAAAACAUCCCCACACACCCUGCCCCUACCCUUGGCGGCCACCUUGGACCCCACUCAGCAGGGGCUGGGACUGCAGUCAUCACGGGGGGGGUGGGGGGAGCAAGCGGCCAGCUGUGCAGCCAGCUCCUUGAGUGACCCCAGGCCAGCCAGUCACACUCCGGGCUCCAUGCAGCCCACCCCCACCCCUAUGAACUUGGACUCAGCAUCUGACACUUAACCCCAGUGAGCAGGUCUGACCCCAGCCCCCCAGCUCUGGGACAGUCUUAAACUCAGGCUUGGGAGUGGGCAUUGGCCCCACUCACAGAAAGGCCAGGUGGAGCCAGGACUUCUCUGGGCUGCAGGGUGGUGUUAGUGAAAGGAAGACCAGCAAUGGCUAGUUAUGGAGUGCUGACCCACCACGCCUUAAUUCCUCUAGCCUUCACAACCCUUUCUGAGGAAGGUAUUAACUGCACAGGAAGGUUAGCUGACAUGCCCAGGGCCACACAGCUAGUAAGCAGGUGGUGGAGGACACACAAGGCAGCUGGCCUGAGGGCCACUCCACUCUGCUUUCCCCCGUCUGCCUCUGCAGCUCAGCCUGAGCAGCCUGGGGCUCCGCUCUCAGGGUCCCUCCCCACAGCCGUCUUCCUGACCAAGCUCCGGGAAGGUCCAUUGCCAGGGUGACCCAGGAAUGACCCUGGCAGGGAAGGUUGGCACGGGGAGGGGGAGUUCCAGCUCCGAGGGCUCUAGGCCUGGGUCUGAAUCUCACCUCUGCCUCCCGUUAGCUCUGUGGCUUGAGCCACUCACAACUCCUGAUUUGGUUCCCCAGCCUGUAGAAUGGGGGCGGUGGUCCUUGCCUGUUUCGGGCUUCGUUACAAAGCAUCCGUCACACAGGACUCACUGAGCUAGUGGAAGCCAGGCUGGCCUCAGGGCAGAGGCAGAAGGGGAGCAGAGGGCCCAAGUUGCAGAAACAGCUGGGCCAUUUGCCUGACUUGGACCCCCACUUACCCAACAUUUAGUGAAUUCUGUACGAGGUACACGUCUUGAAGGGGGUGUCCAUUAAGGAUGAGCACUGAACCCCACAUCUGGGUGGACAUGAUGUCGACACAGACUGAUGCGCUGAAGCGGAAGCAGGGUGUUUGGCGAGGACAUGGCCUGACGCCCCCAAAGUCCCAGAACCUGGAGAGGUCCACGACCAGGCCCAGUUUGUGGCAUGGAGAAUAAAAUCAAUCCAGUCUAGAAUUUGGACAUUUAGUUAUUUAUCAAAAUUAGCCCUGCCCCCAGGUUAAGGAUUCACAUAGUUCCACGUGAUUGUUAGAAGAAAAACAGCCGCCCUCCUGUAGCCACUUUUCCCCUCCCCAGAGGCGGCCACAUGUGCCUCUUUGCUGAUUAUUUUGGUGUUUACCUUCGUGUCUCCAAAUAAGGUGCUUGUGUUCCUGCUGUGCAGCUUGUCAGCUCUGGUCAUAAUCUGGGGAUUUUCCGCUACAGAAGGUGAGAAUUUAGCUCUUUCCUUCCCUGUCCCAACCACGCUCUCAACCAUUCAGUGGUAAUCUUGGUUGGCUCAGUUCUCAGCGUUGGCACCGUGACAGCUCAGUGAAUGUCGUUCACAGACAAGACGGGAAAACUAACUUCUCAUCUCCUACACACCUUCUGUUUUCCCUGGAGGUUUUUUUGUUUGCUUAAUUUUCAAUAAAUUUAUUACUAAUUUAGCCCCAAA